AUGAUCCUGCUGCCUGGUCUGCUGUUCAUCCUCUGGGGAGAACCGGCUCGGUGCCUGGCAGAGGGUGGAGGCUUUGACUUUUACGGAGAGAUCCGCCAGUACGCCGUGGCCACCAACACGGUUUACGUCGCUACAGAGGAGAAGCUGUACCAGCUGAACCACGACCUGACUCUGGUCCGCAGUGUGACCCAGAGAGGAAUCAUAAAAAGUGGGGAACAUGUGUACGAUGCGCAGUUUCAUCGGGUUUCUGAGACGGAUCACUGGAACACAGCUUUCAGGGUUAAUGUGUUAUUACCGUUUGUUGAAAAUGCCACUCUGAUCAGCUGUGGCGUGAUCGACAGAGGGUGCGGUGUGUGCGAGCUGCUGGACCUGGAGGACAUCUCCAGUGUGUUGCACAGGGAGCUCUUCUCGGUGGGGCCCCAGCGGCGCAACAGCAGCGCAUCUGUCGGCUUCCUGGUCAAUGUGGAGAAAACAAGGACCGAGACCGAGACUUACAUUCUGACUGCCAUACAGAAAGACGAAAAGAACCCCGAUAAGUCCUGUCCUUCUUCAGAAACUAUGAACCUUCAUAAUACGAACAACAACCAGGUGGGAUUUAUAUUUUCCUAUUCUGGCGAUGGAUACAACACGAUCAAUGCCGUAGAUGAUGUGGAGUUUGUGGAUGGAUUUCAGCUUGGUUCUAUCAUUUAUCUUUUCUCCAACCUGCCCCAAAAUAACAAAGUCCGUCUCAUUUGGCUCGAGGGAAAAACCAGCAAAAUCCAAACUUUCAGGUCACUGCGGGGCGCGACUCUCAGCAUCUCUGACGGCGGUGGAGGCAGCAGACUCGAGGCCUCCUCGGUGGUCCCGGGUGGUCCGCCGGUUCUGUGGAGCGGCGUGUUCAGUGUGGACGGAGGACGAACCAACACUGAGCUGGUGCUGUUUGACAUCAGUCCUGAUCUCACCGGAGACAAAGACAAAGAUCCGGACUUCUGCACCAAGUCAAGCUGCACUGACAGGAUAACACCACAGCCGAAGACACUGAAGCCGAAGAAGGUGCUCUUCAGGCAGAACUACAUGACCUCUGUGCUGGCUGUGAGACAGAAGACCUGGUUAGUUUUCUUCAUUGGGACGGGAGAUGGGCAGCUCAUAAAGCUUGCUGUGGACAAGAACUAUCACACCACCUGUCCCAGGGUGCUCUACAGGGCCAACGAUGACCGCAAAGUGCUUCCCAAAAUGCAUCUGGAUCCAGUGGAUCAUAAACAUGUGUAUGUGCCAUUUCAAAAGCAGAUUAAGCGUGUAGCUGUGUCUAACUGCAGCACAUACACAAAUGUGCAGGACUGUUGGUCUGCACAGGAUCCAUACUGUGUCUGGUGCAGCUCUAAAAGAAGUUGCAUAUUUGAAGAUGACUGCCAAGACUCAGACUGGUUGUCCAUUCCUGAUGACUCUCAACAGAAAAUGAUUUCCCAUAAAGUUGUCAAGGACAACACUGGACAGAUCACUCUUACAAUCCAGACACACGUGACUGCAGGUUCUGAGGCGCUCGCUAACUUCGCCUGUCAGUUCGCCACAAGUUCCAGUCAGCUUUGUACCGGGAACAACCCUCCUCCACAGUUCCCACAAUGCACCUGCAUCCUUACAAACAGCAAAAUUCCUGCUGAUGGUAUGCAUGUCACAGUCAAGAUUAGACUUGGAAAGACACAUUUGACUGAGGAACUAAAGCUAACCAACUGUGCUGACAUCACUGGACCACCAACCUCUGUCCUGUGUCGGCAGUGUAUUGAGGCUGGAUGUGGCUGGAACGUAAACCACUGUUCUUGGGCAAAUCAAGGAGAGAGGAAUGACAAUCUUUGCCAAAAGUUGGAUUCAGGGAUGAACAUUUCUAGACCAGAGAUCUCCUCCAUCACUCCCAGUGUCAUAUCUUUCUACGGCAAAAACCACGCGGUGUUGUCCGGUCUUAACCUUCAUGAUGUGACCAGAGUGAGGCUCCAGGCAGACAUGGACUGCACACCACAAGAAUCUCCUGUGUGGAGCAACACUGGUGAGAGUCUGACGUUCCACAUUCCCAGUGCCGAUAAUAAAGGCGUGGUCAAAGUGUGUGUUGUCCUCCCAGAUGGUAGUUGCCAUGGAAGCGCUACUAUCACCUACCGGUCAUCACCAUCCUGCACUGACUUUACACCAGACACCUCAUGGAUCAGUGGGAAGAGAGAGAUCACAGUCACUGGAUCCCACCUGGACUUUGUUGAAGGGGUUGUACACGACCACGCCCCAGACAAAGUCAGAUCGCCCAAAUCCAACAACUCUCAGAAUCUAACCUACGACACACCUGCAGCUAAAACUAAUGGAGUUUUUACAAGCCAUGUGUCACUGAAGGUAGCCAAUCAAACCUUGGCCUGCUCCCCAACAAUAAUCUACCAUCCCGACCCUGAGUUCAUUAGCUUUACAGCUGCAAGGACAGGGGAUGAUGUUCGCGUCACGAUACAGAAAAAGGCAGACAAACUGAACAUGAAGAUGACAGAGAUUGAAGUAUGGGGUUUUCUGGAUGAAAAGCAAUAUCGCUGCAUCAUGGAGAAGUUAGAAUCCAGUAAUAACACUGACUCUUUCACCUGUGAGAUUCCCAAGCCACCUGAUGCUAAAUUUCAGAAGUUACUGAUAGUGUAUGGGGAAAACAAAGUAACACUGACCCAUCCUUCAUCUGCUCUGUUCUUUCUGAUGAUGCUUGUCCUUUUGCUGAUACCCUGCAUUACUGUUCUGGUGAUAAUAGUGUAUCGGCGCAAACAGAAGACGCUCACUGCUAAGAUGAACAAGUAUGUGGAAGACAUGGAGCUCGACAUCAGGAAUGACAUUAGACAAGGUUUUGUGGAUCUGCAGACAGAGAAAGCUGACCUGAUGGAAAAUGUUGGAGCAAUCCCUUUCCUGGACUUCAAGCACUUUGCCUCCAGAAUCUUUUUUCCUGAGAGCGAAUCUAUGAUGACAUCUUGCAUCAAAGAUAUUGGUCAGGAUGCAGUGCAGGUUCAGCUUGACGAGUGUUGCCAGGGUCUGUCCCGGCUGAUCCAGGACCAGCUCUUCCUCACAUCUCUAGUGCACACUCUGGAAGAACAGAAGAGCUUCACCAUCAAAAACAAGUGUGCUUUGGCAUCAUUACUCACCGUAGCACUCCACAACAACUUGACAUACCUGACGGAGAUAAUGGAGGUUUUGCUGAGGGAUCUGAUGCAGCAGAACAGCAACACUCAGCCCAAACUGUUGCUACGACGAACCGAGUCCAUCGUGGAGAAGCUGCUGACCAACUGGAUGUCCAUCUGCCUCUAUGGCUUCCUACGGGAAAGUGUCGGCCAGCACCUGUUCCUGAUGGUGAGCGCUCUCACGCAGCAAACUGCAAAAGGACCUGUGGACUGCGUGACAGAGAAAGCUCUGUACACACUCAGUGAGGACUGGCUGCUGUGGCAGGCUCAAGACUUCAGCUCCCUGAAGCUGCAGGUGCUGUUUGCAGUGGGCAGUGAUGGAGAAGUCAGCGAGCCUCUGGAGGUCAACGCUCUCACCUGUGACACAGUCGAGCAGGUCAAAGAGAAAAUCCUGUCCACUUUCAAGGCCAAGUUUGGUUUUCCAUACAACACCGCCCUGAGGGACGCCCGUAUCGAGUAUGAGCAGAAUGGAUCGUUCGUUCCUCUCGAGGAGGUGGACGCGAGCUCGGAGGUUAUCGGGGAGGUGACCAUGCUCAACACGCUCAAGCACUACAAGGUUCCUGAUGGAGCCACAAUCAAAGUGCUUUCUAAGAAAACUCAUCCUCCUCUGAGCCCGCAGGGAAGUGUGAAGGAUGACGAGAACUUCUCUGGAAAAUACUUCCACCUGAUUGAUCCUGAUGUAGACGAGGACCAGAGAAAGAACCCAGAGAGGAAGAAGUUAAAGCUGAAGGAAGUGCACCUCACCAAGCUGCUCUCCACCAAGGUGGCUGUGCAUUCAUAUGUGGAGAACCUGUUCAGAUCUAUCUGGGGGAUGCCAAACUGCAGAGCCCCGCAUGCUGUCAAAUACUUCUUCGACUUCCUAGACGCUCAGGCUGAAAACAUGAAGAUCACUGACCCAGAUGUGCUGCACAUCUGGAAGACCAACAGUUUGCCCCUGCGCUUCUGGGUCAACAUCAUGAAAAACCCUCAGUUUGUGUUCGACAUGGAGAAGUCUCCGAAUUUGGACGGCUGCCUGAAUGUCAUCGCUCAGGCCUUCAUGGACUCCUUUUCUCUCAGUGAGAUUCAACUGGGGAAGUAUGCACCAACCAACAAGCUCCUCUACGCCAAAGACAUUCCCAAGUUCAAACAGGAAGUGAAGGCUUACUACAAGCAGGUCAGAGAGCAGCCAUCAAUCACAGUGUCAGAAUUCAAAGGGUUCCUGCAGGAAGAGUCGAAGAAACAUGAAAACGAGUUCAACGAUGCUGCGGCUCUCAAAGAAAUCUACAAAUUCAUCCAGCAAUACUUUACAGAGAUUACAGACAAGCUGGACCAAAACGGAGCACCUACUGAGCUGAAGGAGCAACUACAUCAUGUUAAAAACUUAUUUGAUGGACUGAAAAGCUGUGGCUGGAACUGAGCUGCUGUCCUACUCGUAACACUUCGAAUGAACUAUGGUGGGAGGACCAAGGAGAGGUUUGUCCAGCUACUGAGAGGAGACGAGGAGUUAACAGCUGAAACGAGCUGCUAUCCAUGGCAGUAAUUGAAUGAGUCUGUGGGGAGUUUAGUGUCUUGUGAUAAAACUUUUGAAGAUACUGAAGAAAGGCAUUGUCAGCUGUCAGUAGCUUCUAUGAAAGGACAUUUUAUUGAAUGCAGUUCUGCUUGAUGUGCUGACCAGUGCUGUGUUUGAUGGACUUUUAGUUCUGAUCUAUCCUGUGGUUUUAAUGAAAAACAAUGAUUUCAUUAACCUCUUAUAGAGAAUCCAAGAUAGACACAAAACCACAUAUAUAUAUCAGUGAAAAAAAUCUUUAAAUCAUUAUUGUUUCAACACAUUUCAAGUUGAACUUCUUAAAAAUCACAUCCACAGUCCAUAGAAACAUUGUGCAAUUCACAGCCUGUAAUGUUCGAAGCAUUUAACUCAUCCGUGUAAAAACUUUUUUCAGAGUGGCUUAAAAGCAAAUGUGUGUAAACAACAAACAGCUCAAUACAAAAUCAAACCCU